AUGACGGGAUACCCACAAUUGUUAAUGAACAGAAAAUUGCGCAGUCAACUACCAACUUUUAUUGAUGAAGUAACAGCAAAAUUGAAUAUUAAUGCUUAUGAACAAAUGAUAAAAAAUAAACAAAAACAAAAAAACUAUUUUGAUAAAAACUCUUCUAAAACAGAAAUCCAAUUUAAUGUGGGUGAUAAAAUUUAUAUACAAAAUUAUAAAAACAAGUUUUGGGAGAAAGGAGUAGUAAUGGAAAAACUUAAAAGUCCAAGAUCUUAUUCAGUGCAACUAGAAAAUGGCACAAUUCUUAGAAGAAAUGUAAUAAAUAUAAGAAAAAGAAAAGAGUUAGAGUUUAAUGAGGAGCAAACAAAAAACCAAACAAUACCUACAAUAUUUAAAAAGGAAACAUAUAAAAAUAGUAAAAUACCAACACCCACCACAGUUAUAACAAAGUCAGGUAGAACAGUUAAAAAACCCAUUAGACUCAAUUAUGUUUAA